AAGCACCCAUUGGGUACCGUGGGGCUAUAGGGGGAUACGAAACACGGACUCUGGCGAGGGAACACGUGUGCAUGCAACAUGCACACAUUCUGGCUCCGCCUACGAGAACCGCCGGGUGGUACCUCCGCGUUUGACAGUCAGACACCAUCUACCACCUACGGACAAUCACAACAUCCAUAGCCAAGAGAAAAAUUUCUCCUGGGACGGGACUCGAACCCGCACAGCGCACGG